AUGCCCUCUAAGUCUCUUUCCAACCUCUCGGUGACCACCGGCGCGAAUGAGAGCGGUUCCGUUCCCGAGGGGUGGGAAAGGGAUUUCCUGCCGGCCUCGGACCGGACCACCGCGGAGUUGGUGAUCCGCUGUGUGAUCCCGUCCCUCUACCUGCUCAUCAUCACCGUGGGCUUGCUGGGCAACAUCAUGCUGGUGAAGAUCCUCAUCACCAACAGCGCCAUGAGGAGCGUCCCCAACAUCUUCAUCUCUAACCUGGCGGCCGGGGACUUGCUGCUGCUGCUCACCUGCAUCCCGGUGGACGCCUCGCGCUACUUCUUCGACGAGUGGAUGUUUGGCAAGGUGGGCUGCAAACUGAUCCCUGUCAUCCAGCUCACUUCCGUGGGGGUUUCCGUGUUCACUCUCACUGCCCUCAGCGCCGACAGGUACAGAGCCAUCGUUAACCCCAUGGACAUGCAGACGUCAGGGGCAUUGCUGUGGACCUGUGUGAAGGCCAUAGGUAUCUGGGUGGUCUCCGUGUUGCUGGCAGUUCCCGAAGCGGUGUUUUCAGAAGUGGCGUGCAUCAGUAGCUUGGAUAAUAGCAGCUUCACAGCAUGUAUCCCAUACCCUCAAACAGAUGAAUUACAUCCAAAGAUUCAUUCAGUGCUCAUUUUCUUGGUCUAUUUCCUCAUACCACUUGCUAUUAUUAGCAUUUAUUAUUAUCAUAUUGCAAAGACCUUAAUUAAAAGCGCACACAAUCUUCCUGGAGAAUACAAUGAACAUACCAAAAAACAGAUGGAAACACGGAAACGCCUGGCUAAAAUUGUGCUUGUCUUUGUGGGCUGUUUCAUCUUCUGUUGGUUUCCAAACCACAUCCUUUACAUGUAUCGGUCUUUCAACUAUAAUGAGAUUGAUCCAUCUCUAGGCCACAUGAUUGUCACUUUAGUUGCCCGGGUUCUCAGUUUUGGCAAUUCUUGUGUCAACCCAUUUGCUCUUUACCUACUCAGUGAAAGCUUCAGGAGGCAUUUCAACAGCCAACUCUGCUGUGGGAGGAAGUCCUAUCAAGAGAGAGGAACCAGCUACCUACUCAGCUCUUCAGCGGUGCGUAUGACAUCUCUGAAAAACAAUGCUAAGAACAUGGUGACCAAUUCUGUUUUACUAAAUGGGCACAGCAUGAAGCAGGAGAUGGCACUGUGAUUUUGGCCGUUCAACUCACUACCUGGAGAGAACUUAGUAACUGUUAAAAUUCCUAUUCAGCAGAUCAGAACUAAAUAAUUAUCCUAUUCUUGCUGUUGCUUAGCUAAUUUAUUAGGCAAUUGCAUGACUGACUCAGAAAAUGCAAGACAUUUUUUCUCUAGACUUUAUUUUUUUCUCUUUUCAUUUCCUAAUAAUUAGAAUAUGAGAAAAGACUUUAAAUCACUACAUAUAAUACAUAUAUGUAUAUAUAUGUAUUUGCACACACACACGUACACACAUGUACAUUAUAUAUAUUUCACAUUAAAGAUGAUCCCCAAACCAAUGCAAUAUGUAUAAUUUAACUUUGCUUUAGUAUUUAGGCUGUUGCUAAAGCCAGUUCUAGCAUAUUUGUCUUAGGUUUUGUUUUAUCUUGAAGCAUGAAAUAAAUUUCUAUAUUGACUCAAUGAUUCAGUGAGGGUAAUAUUCAAACUCUUAUUAUUUGAAAUACAAGUCAGAUUGUCCUGGUGAAUUUCAUUCAAUUCACAACUAUUGCAUGUAUGUGUGCGUGUGUGUAUAUAUAUAUAUAUAUAUGUAUAUGUAUAUGUAUAUGUAUAUGUAUAUGUAUAUAUGUACACACACACACAUGUCCUUCAUUUUAAGAAAAUAAUAAAAAAUUCAAAGGUGGAGCUUAAUCACAUUGGUAUUUAUUGUGAUUCUGUGAUUAAUCAUAAUUUAUAGAAAUAAUUCAUAUCUGUAACUUCUAAGUAUGUGAUUAACAGAUAUAAUGAAGUUAAUAUUAUGAAUUAUAAAAUAGGUAUGAUAUGAAUAUAAUUUACAUUAUGAAUGUAAAAUAGGUAUCAUAUGAAUAUGAUUUACAUUAUGAAUGUAAAAUAGGUAUCAUAUGUCCCAAAUUGCAAAACUACAACUCACAAGUUUGCAUGGCCAUCUUAGUAUACGUUGCUAAAUCCUUGAAUAUUUGGAUGAUUGUGUAUAGAUAUGAUAAGAUUUGUGUAAUUCCAGUGAGUUCAACCAUUUACUCAUCCUCUCUUGCAAUACCCAACUGACAAGUAUGUGGGAUCACACUUAGGCAAUUUUUUUCUGCUUUUCCUGCAUGAUACCACAGUUUUCUCUGAAUAAAUGUCUUCUUUUUUUAGGAAAAUGCAAAU